AGACAAGCAAAACCAGAUACAUUGAACCUGGACAUUUUUGGUUAAAAGUGUCGUCGGCCUAUAAAAGAAUCUACUUCUCCACAUUGGUUAAUCCAGACGUGCGGUUUACAAUAUUCAUAUUCUUCACCAAUCAAAUGGCUCCAACAAUGGCGGUAGUAGCUAAGAGAAAGGAGGAAGAAGAGUUGAGGAAGAGAAACGAGGAGUUAGAGAAGGAAUUGAGGGAGAGUAGGAAGAGAGAGGAGGAGAUGAGGAAGGAGCUGCGGAGGAUAUGGGAGAGGUUGAGGGUGGCGGAAGAGGCGGAGGAGAGGCUUUGUUCGCAGCUGGGGGAGCUGGAAGCGGAGUCGGUGAAUCAGGCGCGUGCGUACAGCGCUCACGUAAUUUCCCUCAUGGAUCAGCUCUCCAAGGCCAACAACAACGUUCUCGUCAAUAACCACCGCUCCUCUGCUCCCAUCUCCAUCCUCUGAUUUUGAAUUUUUAUAGAAAUUAGAGUUAUGGCGUCUGAAUCCCUUGCUUUUUGGGUAUGGAUCCGUACAUAAUAUUUGGUAUUGUUAUGGGUAACGUCGUGAUUUUCUGGAUGUUGCGCGGCGUGUAGACUUUGUUAUUUUAUUCCUCUCUCUUAAUAGAUUAGCUUUGUUCCUUA